AUGCCGGCACCACCACCACCUCCACCACCUCCGCCGCCCAUGCCUGCAGCAAGGGGAGGUAUGUGUUGCGAAGAAGCAAGGCCUAGGAGAUGCGACAGACAUUGACCAAGACAGGCCCUCCGGUUCCUCCUGCUCCCCCACCGCCGCCUGCGAGCCUGCCCUCCAGACCCGGUGCGAAGCAAGCAAAAGGAAGAGUAUGUACAGAGUCGAGUGCACAACAGUUCGAGCAGGCUAUCUGUUGCUUGGAUCAGAGGGUAUGCUGACGAUGCUAUGAUCAGGGUGCUCUGCUAGGCGACAUUGAAAAGGGAGCGCGAUUGAAGAAAGUCACACAAGUCAACGACCGAUCAGCACCCAUUAUCGACAAGCCCAAGGACUCGGGCGGUCCGCCGAUGGGCGGCGCUCCUCCUGUUCCUGGAUUGCGACCUCCUGCCGGUCCAGGUGCGAAUCGAGCGAGGAGCAACAGUGAUCAGCCUGCCAACCCGGCCGCAGCGGGAGUCAUGGAGCAGGCACCGCAAUUGGGAGGAUUAUUUGCUGGUGGAAUGCCCAAAUUACGGAAAAGCGCUGGAGGAGUCAACAUGUACGACUCAGAUCCUGAGACCAAUUCAAGGAAAAGCCCGCCUCCCGCCAGACCACCAGCUGUUCCAAACGGUGCUCCUCCACGACCGGGCGGCGCACCGCCGGCACCACCUCCUGCUCCACCGGGCGUAGCUCCUAUUCCACCUUCCGUUGCUGCGUUGAAGAGCCAUCUAAGACCGACGAGCGCUCACUCAUUACCUGAGAUUACUGGCGCAAAACCAAAGCCUCCUCCGCCCAUUGGAAAGAAGCCUCCAAUCCCACCUCCUGCUGGGCGCAAACCUUCUGGAUUGACCACGGCUUCUACAACAUCAUUGCUAAUGCCUUCUCAACCUCUUUCGCGCCCAUCUUCAAGUCCAGCACCCCAAUCUGCGCCUCCCUUGCCUCCUCUACCACCCGGCGGCGCACCGCGACCCCCAUCUGCACAUGUGAAUAGAGCAGCACCUUCGCCUCCUUCAGCGCCACCUGCUCCCCCACCUCCUGCGCCUCAGAAGCAGACAUCAAACGUGCAAGACGACGAAGAGUACGACCCCUAUCGAUAUGAUCAGAAUCAAACAUCUCGGGGGGUACCUCCGGCUCCUCCUCCACCACCUCCACAAGUAAACGGGCACAAAGAACCGUCGCUUGCUGCGCAGGCAGCUCGGAAUGCUUUCGGAGCCAACAGAACUGCAAGUCCUGCUGUGCCUCCGCCUCCCCCACCUCCUGGCGCAGCGUCGAGCAGACCAACUACAUCACCAUCACCGGGACCUCCUUCUGCUCCGCGGCCUCCACCAAUCUCGCGGAAUACAUCGCAGGUUCCGUCUGCUCCACCUCCUCCGCCCGCGCCCAAAGCGAGCACUCCAGGUGGUAUCCCCACGGCGGGUGGCGUGAGCGUCGGAAAUUCAGGCACAGCACCCAUGACGAAUGGAAGGUCACGAGCAGACUCAGACGCCCUGAGAAGCGGUAAUCUGGGAGGUCUUGGUGGCACUGGAGGAAGCUAUGCUGGAGGUGGAGGGCGAUAUGUCGUUCAGGACACUAGAUUCAAAUUCCAGGACGACGGGCAACUGCCAAAACCAAGAGAUUUCACGGGAGGACCGAAGAGAUACCGAGCGGGCAGAGGAAGCAGUGUGCCUUUGGACUUGAAAGCUUUUGAUUGA